GCGAUCGAUACAUGUACAUGUACAUGUAUGUGUGGACACGAAUCAUCAGUCAAUAUUCUCUACUGCUCUGCCGUGUGUGUCUUGGCACGCCGCAUCGCUCUAUCUAAGAACGCCAUAUCACACACCGUCCAUCUAUCCGUCCAUCCAUCCAUCCAUCUGCAUGGCAUCCUAUCCUCCCUCAUCCAUCCAGCCGCCCCCCUUCCUCACCAAUCUACUUCUACAUCUACACGACCACCCCACCGCAUCCCACACAUCGCCUCCUCAGACUCUAUACCUGCCCGCCCCGUUUGAGCUCACGCCGCCUGCGGCGCUCCUCACGCUCCCCCGGCAGCGACGUGACAUGAUCCUGGCAGCGGAGGACACCAACAGUGGACCUCUGUAUUGGGAGGGCGUCGAAGGAGGGCACCACGCCGGGCGUCGCUCGUGUCGUCUUGCGGAGGUGAUCCGCUGCCCGCUCUUCCUUCGUCUCGUCGCCCUCCUCGUCACCCGCCAUCUCGUCGUCCUCCUCGUCCUCAUCGCCAUCAUCCAUCGGCUCGUCCUCAUCAUCGCUGUCGUCAUCGUCACCAUCGUUGUCAUCGUCCCCGUACACAGCUUCCUCCUGAAGCGAUACCGAUUGACCCAUGUGAGUGAUGCGGGCCGGACACCCACACAUCCAGCACACACACAUUAGGUAGGGAGGAGAAGGGAUGAGCAGUCAAUGUGUGGGGGGCCGUGUGGAUGUGGUGAUGUGUCACCUUGCCGCGCUCCUUGAUGCCUUUCUUCUUCCUCUUGGGGGGCUGGGGCUCCUCCUCCAUGCCAGACACACUGUCACUGUCCUCUCCAUCACACAUCUGCCGGUGCAGACGUCACAGACACCCACACAUCCAGCACACACACAUAAGGUAGGGAGGAGAAGGGAUGAGCAGUCAAUGUGUGGGGGGCCGUGUGGAUGUGGUGAUGUGUCACCUUGCCGCGCUCCUUGAUGCCUUUCUUCUUCCUCUUGGGGGGCUGGGGCUCCUCCUCCAUGCCAGACACACUGUCACUGUCCUCUC